UUUUUUUUAAAACUGUAAAACAAAAAAAAUCCAAUUUUCACUUUACCCUCGCAUAAACGGCAAAUAGCAACUCACAGGCUUCAAUUCCGGCAUCUCUCCAGAAAACGGAGUCAAACCUCUUCUGCUUCCGGUUAGUCCAUCACGAAUCGGAGCGCAGAGCAUAGUGUAGCUAAACUUACUAUUACGCAAAUACUGCAAUUCGAUUCUUCAUGGAACUCAAAUUUCGACAUCGAGAUUACAAAGCUGAAGUAGAGAUUCACUCCUUCCGCCGAAUGCCAGCUGAGACUCAUCCUCUCUCCCUUCAAUCACCGUCGUGUGAUCAGGUUGAUGUUACGGAUUAUGGCAGGGAUGAGUUUUUUGAUCCAUUAAGGGGGAAUAGUGGAAAACCAGAGGAUUCAGCGAAGGAUUUAGGAAGCACAGCUGCUGAAAUCACAGCAGAACCAUAUAGAGAUAUUACUAUUAAAUAUCCAGGCACGGAAUGGACAUCUUACAAGAAAGUCUUGAUGCAAAAAUUUCCUGUCUCCAAAAUGAUUUCUGUUUCUUCGCUGUCAAGCUCAAUUAUGAAGACAGGCAAGGGCACUGAGAAACCCUCAGCAAAUGCACAUCUAGAGGAGCUAGAUGAUCCUCAGAGAUUUGCUGAAGGUGUUAAAUAUAUCACCCUGCAGGAGUAUGUCUCACGCUUAACUGAACUUAAAGAUGAAAUUAGUCGUGCCUGGCAUGCAAAUGACCGUGUAACCUCCUUUAAUUUGUCAAUCAAGGUUGCUAAGCUACUGUCGGAUACAUCUGUACUACAAUUUUAUCCAACGUUAUUUGUCCUAGCUACAGAAAUACUAGAUAUGUUAGGGGAUAUGGUAUGGGAACGCAUCAGGCAGAAAGCUGAAUACACUGAAGAUGGGACGUUAGUCCAUUUACCAGGUAACUUUCGAGCAACUGAAAUCUGUGCUGAAGCCAAAGAAACCUGCUAUAACUGGUUCUUCAAAGUUGGUUCCAUCCGCGAGCUAUUGCCACGCAUAUACUUGGAGCUGGCGAUAUUCCAUUGCUGGCGUUUCCUUCUGCAAAAACCUGCUGAUAAUCUUCCACGGCUAGUUAUGAUGGCGAGAGGCAUUGCAGAUCCAUUAGUUUCAUUUUAUUGCUGCUUAUAUUUGGCCCACUGUGCACAAAAGUUACCUCAACGGGACAUAGGACAUCUGAUAAUUUCUAUGAAUGACAUGAACACUCUUCUGAUGAAUGGUGCACAUGUUGCAUCUGUGGAGAAAACAUCUGGAGUUCUAUCAGGAAAUCGAAGUUCAAAACUGGGCCUGAUGGAACCAGCUAUUGAAUAUGUUAUGAAAUGCUUGUUCAGGGAGUCAUGUGAGUUGCAAGUUGGAGAGAUAUUGAUGGGGCUUGGACUUGGGAGGAACCAAUCAGAGUUGUUUGGAAACUCAUCAUGCAUCUCGCUUGUUCUUCACCAUUUAUUAAAGGAACUUCCUAUAGAAAUAAUUUUUUCUAAUGCCUUGGACAUUCUUCAUCUCAUUGAGUGUAGCUAUGAUUACUCCUUUGAUCAGUGUUUGAAUUUUAAGUUACUUGGACUCAGACUAUGUGAAAACAUAUCUCAAGUGAAUGAAGUCAAUUUGGUAAUGAAGAAGGUUAUUCAGGUUGUUUCUCGGUUUAAUAGCCUUGAUGAGUACCUCAAUGUUGUAGAUGCUCAUAUAGAUAUUGCUCUCCAGAAACACAUGGGUGUAGGAAAUUCCAAGAAACAUAUUAGACAAUGAAGGAUCAAGAAAUUUCUUUCCAAGCCCUAACUCAAUUUGUCUUCAAAUGGUCACUAAUCCAAUCAGUGGUGAAGUUUGUUCUAGCAUCUUGAUUUAUGUGAGGAGCGCAUGACAUUCAACCCUCCACGUUUUGCUGAUACCCAUCUCUUUUUCUUCACUUUGUUCCACUUCCCAGCUUUUUUAGCAACCAGUGCUCGUAAUGGUAAUACUAUGAGGGUGA